AUGGGUGUUAAAAAUCAUUUCCGGAAGAGCCGGCCUGCAGAAAAAUUAAUACUUGUCCUGAGCUUGGAAAUCAACAAUUCCAGAACUACCUCUGCCCGGGUUGUGACCCUAACCGCAGGAUGCGACAUGCUGGUGUACCCAGGGCCUGGAGCUGCGGACUCAGGCAGGGGAGCCUGCAUUGGGCCGCCCGACAACGGUGCUAUACUUUUCAAAUUUAGGAGGACCUGCUGCCUGGUCUGGGGGAAGAAGGAGCCUCUAGCUAGCAUUCUAGCUACGGUUUGGUUUCAGAAUCGAAGAGCUAAAUGCAGAAAACAAGAAAAUCAACUCCAUAAAGGUGUUCUCAUAGGGGCUGCCAGCCAGUUUGAAGCUUGUAGAGUUGCACCUUAUGUCAACGUAGGUGCUUUAAGGAUGCCAUUUCAGCAGGAUAGUCAUUGCAACGUGACGCCCUUGUCCUUUCAGGUUCAGGCGCAGCUGCAGCUGGACAGCGCCGUGGCGCACGCGCACCACCACCUGCACCCGCACCUGGCCGCGCACGCGCCCUACAUGAUGUUCCCGGCGCCGCCCUUCGGACUGCCGCUGGCCACGCUGGCCGCUGACUCAGCCUCCGCCGCCUCCGUGGUGGCUGCCGCCGCCGCCGCCAAGACCACCAGCAAGAACUCCAGCAUCGCCGAUCUCAGACUGAAAGCCAAAAAGCAUGCUGCCGCCCUGGGUCUGUGA